GACCAAACGACUCCGCGGAGGUCGAAAUCACCAUCGAAACGUAAAUCGACGUCAACGAGUAUCUCGUCUGCCACAGCGCAGUUGCUCACUUCCACGAAGGCCUUGCUCCAAUCUUUAACCUCCUGGGCCAACAAAACUGCUUCUGUUGGAGAGGUUUCGGCCAAGUUCGUUCAAGUGGGCGAUGAUUUCAAGGCACUUCGAAGAGCUUAUGUGGCUGGUGGUGUAGACACUAGUGACAUCAAAGACAUUCCUAAUUUACUGAGGAAAGUCCUAGAGGAAUCACUCAUUCUAGAGCCGUCACAAAGCACGCUCGACAUGUUUCUUCCAAAAGUUGGUCAGAUUGUAGCAGAACUCAUGAAGACACUGAAAGAGAAACAGGCUGAGUCUCAAUCCAUUGCUGAAAAACGCAAGUCUCAAAACCAACGCUCUGUCUCGGGUCCUGCAAACGUGUCUGCUUCGGCUACAAGCCCUCCACUGCCUCCACCCCCCUCGGAGUCUAAAAAUGAUGCUAUUUCUCGUCUUCAGAACAAUCACUCGCUGAUGAGAAAAGCAUCAAAGCGUUUUUCUGCUUACCAAACUUCAAAAAUAUUGUCCAUGAAUGCGAUCAGUCCUCGCAAUUCUCCAGCUCCCGCUGAACGACAGACACUAAGUCCCGAACCACCAAGCAGUCCACUGCAAGCUGAAGUGUCGAAAAACAUUAAGAAGUCAGAGAUCCAUCAACAGCUUACCGCCCCAUCAAUUACCUUGGAGGAGCCUUUCGAUAGCAAAAAGACCAUUUUUGUUAAGCUCGAAGGACGCGUCAAGAAAACACAGGUGCAAUUACCAACCACAAUCACUCAAUUGCGUACUAUUUUCACGGAAAAGUUUGGAUACGUGCCUGAAGGUGAAUUUCCCCCUAUUUAUAUACAAACGUCGCCAACGGACAUUGCAUACGAGCUUGAAGAUACCUCAGAAAUCACAGAUUCCGUUAUUAUUUCACUAUCAGAGCCUAACUUCGCAACCUCCCUAAUGAAAGAGAUGAAGAGCCAAACAGAAUUGCUUCGAAAUGAAAUUGUAAAAUUAGAGGAGAGUUUAAGUAGUCGUUUACGAAAUUCAGGGGUCAAUGCAGUUACCAGAGAGCCAGAAGUCCUUUCACCACCAUCUAAUCUCACCUCGACUGAUACCACGACUGAGAUUGAGAGUCUGAAAACUGAACUUACAAAAGCUAGACAACUACAGAAAGCACUAAAGAAGCGCGUUGGUGCCGCAAUCGAAGACGCCUUAGAGCUGGUUGAAAACUUUCAGAAUUCGAGUUCGUCCGCCGAAGGAGUUAUCAGCAACCCGUACAUGGAACAGUGCAAACGAAAGGUUAGCUCCGAGUGCGAAAAUCUGGUCACUAGAAUCGAUGACCUACAAGACAUCAUUGAAGCUCUGAAAUUAGACAUUAGCAAACGUGGAAGCAAACCCACACAGAAACAAAUCCUCCAUGUUCAAAAAGAGCUUGAGACAACCAGAACGAAUCUGUCCUCUCUUUUGCAAUAUAUGUCUGUCGAACGCAAGAAUUGGAAUGCCAGAUGGCAAGCAGAGCUUACUGCUGUUUUGGAGGAGCAAGAGUUUUUCAAAGAGCAGGAGACUAUUAUACAUUUGCUUGAGGAGGAUCUAAGUUCUGCGGAUGAUACAUAUGCACUGAUUGUGAAAUGUGUUGAAGAGUUGGAGAAAAAUCCAAAAUUGAUGCGUGGUGGAAGUGUGGCUCUUCCGCCUCCAGAUCCAUCUGUUUCAAUAAGCCAGAUGAGGAAUGCCUUAAUGGACGAAGUUCUCAGUUUGAAGCCAGACCAUGAUUCCAGGGUUGAAGCUAUCAUGAAAGCCGAGAAA